AUGCAAGGGAAAAUGAUCUUUGUACUACUAUUGUCAGGUUAUAUUUUUACUAAAGCUGUCGCCACAACUACUCCAGGAAUAAAUGUUACAACUACACCAUCAGCUUCGUUUUCCACCAACGGCUCAACAUCAACCGCUCCUAGUGGUCCAAAGACAACGCCUCCUAGUAGGCCUGUACCUACUACAAUAAAGGAAGAAGCCACAAGGCAAAGAUAUCCACACAAUUUCUCACAGCCAGUAAUAACAGUCAUUAUUUUUUCUGUGAUGGCUGUUAUCAUUGGAAUUAUCCUAAUAAGCGCUAAGCUUAUUGGCCUGCUGAUAAAGAGAAAUCCAACUCUUGGAACAAGCGAUCCUUUAACUUCUGUAAAAAUAGGAGAAACAGGUUGGUGCUAA